ACGCAAAGGCCUCAGACAUCUCCUCAGCCUCAUGUUUGCUUCAGCUCCUUCCAUGAGAAGAGUUUGCGUAAGAUUUUCUCAUCUACAGAUUUCCUCUUUUGAUCAGACCUCCAUCUGACCUCACUAGAUGGCGAACUAGAUCCGACUUUCCAAGAAGUCGGAUCUAGUGUGAGAGUUAGCUCUUCUCUGUUUCUGCAUAUCAUAGGUCGUUGUGCAUUUAUUUCAUCCUGUGGUGAUUCCAUCCAGUAUCUCACACUAGUGAUGCAAGCACUCGACAUGUGUUCUUAUUGACUUUAAAUCCUCGAGUGACGGCCUCUGCUGCCGUCUGAGUCAACUUUCGCUCGUCUCCCUGCAUCUCAUCGCAGUUAUAAGCUUUGCUCAGGGCCCUACCUCGGACACAGAACUGCGAUAUUUCGGUCUUAUCAGCUAUGGGACGUGGGAAGGCAAAGGUGCUCCAUGUACAGUCACUGUUAUAGGUGCAAGCACCCGACUUGCUACGACCGGAGCUGAUCUGAUCCUUUAUAAGCGUGGAAAGCCAGAAUAUGAUCAGAAUCUCCAUUUCUACAGUCUGAGAUCCUUAGUCCUGAAUGUCCCUUCGAGAAGAGUUUCUGGUGUAAUGUUUUGAUAUCCUUAAGCUCCGGUCCUCCUGCAAUUGCCUCCCUUCGGUUGGAACCAACUGGAUCUACACAUCAACAUGAGUGGGAGCAGCUUGAAGAAUAUGGCAGCCAGGAAAGGGCCAGUGCGACGAUUGUGGAUUUUACUCGGAUACUGUUUUGUUAUUUGUAACGCAACAAACAACGGGCCUCAUGAUACGGAGAGUACCUAUAGUGGGCCAACGACAAGAUAUUACGGAUGGAGUAUUGGAGUAUCUUCCGUCACAGCGAACUGUGUCACCAAGGAUAUGAUAGUGGUGAAUGGGCAGUUUCCAGGACCAACCAUUUAUGCCGUCGAAGGGGAUACCAUCAUCGUCAAUGUCACAAACAACGCCGGCUCGGGUGUUACCAUUCAUUGGCAUGGUGUUCGGCAGGUUUUAUCUUGCUGGCAGGAUGGAGUAGGAUACAUCACACAAUGUCCGCUGAAACAGGGCGACUCCUUUGUCUACAACUUCACUCUCCAAGGCCAAACUGGAACUGUGUUCUGGCAUGCCCACACGACCUGGCUUCGAGCGACCGUGCACGGAGCCAUUGUGGUCUUUCCAAGAGACUUCACAUACCCUCAUACCAAACCAGAUGAUCAGUUUAUUGUGACACUAGGUGAAUGGUGGAAUGGAGAUCCUGAAGCUAUUGAAAUCGCCGGACUCGAAGGCGGAGGUCCUUUCCAGCUUGCAGAUGCUCUCCUCGUCAACGGCAAACCAGGCUACCGCUACAAUUGCACUGAUGUCGAAGGAAUCACCAGGUUCACGAUUUCAGCGGGCAAGACGUAUCUGCUGCGGGUGAUCAACGCUGGACUGAACACGGAAGAGUUUCUGGGGAUCGCGAACCACAAGCAGACGGUGGUGGAGGUGGACGGUGAGUACGUGACGCCGACGGAUUUCGACACCACGUACAUUGGCCCCGGCCAGACGAUGAACGUGCUGAUCACCGCGGAUCAGGCCCCCGGCAGCUACUACAUGGAAGCCAAAGGCUACUCGUCUGUCAUACUCACGGACCCAGCAGAACUACCAGCAGCAGCAGUACAAGUCAUUCUGAACGACGUCCCCAAGAUUCCGGCCUCUGCUUUGUUUCAGUAUGACAGUGCCCCGGUUCUGGACCCGAGUACGACAUUCUAUCCAGGCCUUCCUGCGGAGAAUGACUCCAGUUUUGCGAUGCAGUUUGAGAACAGCCUGUUCACCUUACGGCCCCAGGAUGUGCCUCUUAACGCAACCCGAAAUAUGUUGUUCACCGUCGGCACGGCCAGCCAAUUCUGCGAACCCUCACAGAACUGCACUUUUAGAGCAGCUGGGGAGGUGAACAAUAUCACCUUCGUCCUGCCCAAAAUCGAUCUACUGCAGGCAUACUACUUCGGCAUCGAGGGAGUUUACACGACGGAUUUCCCUGAUUUUCCCGAGAGCCCGUUUUUCUACACGAGUCCCGAUAGUCCGCCUACGGCUCAACAGAUUUCGAAGCUGGGAACGAGGGUUAGCGUGCUCGAGUACGGGACGGUGCUGGACCUGGUGCUACAAGGGACCAUGGUGUUUGCUUUCGAGAGCCACCCUUUCCACCUGCAUGGGUACCACUUCUACGUGCUGGGCCGUGGACAGGGCGAUUGGGAUCCCAUUAACAGUCCUUCCACUCUCAACUACUACAACCCUCCCCACCGAUUCACAGUUGACGUUCCUUCCAGAGGAUGGGUCGCCAUCAGAUUCGCAGCAACUAACCCAGGAGUUUGGUUCCUGCAUUGUCACCUGGAGAAACACACCUCGUGGGGUAUGCAGAUGGCGUUCAUUGUGAAAAAUGGAGUUGGGCCUGAUCAGACCCUCCCGCCACCUCCCCCAAGACUAACGGCUUGCGCAGCGUAGACUUUCAAACCGAUCUUAAGCGAACAGAAUUCUGGGGCUGAACUUAUAUGAAAUAUCAUUUGAUUUUAUGUGGUAAAUUCGCCAUGGAGGAAAUACCCGAGUGGAGGUAAUGUAACUCCGGAAGUAUAAUGCGCUGUGUAGGCGUUUUAGCCCCUUAUUCAUGUCAGUGAUUCCCACAGGUCUCUGUCAAAGAGUCCUUCGCCGACAUUUCGAAUUAUCAGGUCCUUCGAAGGUACGAGAGGACAGACAGAGUAAAUGGCAGGAAGGGCAGUACAGAUCAACUGAGCACCCAACGGGAGUACAUUCACAAGCGUUGCAGCUGGCUACUAUAAAGGAUCGCUGUCAUCGAAACGCUUCACCUCUAAACAAAGAGAAGCUGCUGACUUCCUGUCGAGUAAGAAGACUUCGAAAUAAACGGUUUACUCAAUUCCGUGGUCACUUCAGAAUUAAAUUAAAACACCGCGAUUAAUUCAAUCAUAAUGAUUGUAGGCAAUUCCAAACAACCUUCAUAUUUAUCAGACAUGGCCAGUAAUGAUUGGGGUUAAUUCCCUUAUCAAUGAUUUACAUUGCUAAGGCACAUUCUUUCCCUUUGAGAGACCGGGAUGAUUCUAUAAUAAAUUCGAAAGGUUAC